UUUCAGCGAUAAUAUACUACCACCACGCCAUAGGCAUUUCGUUGGUAUAAAACCAAUUUAAGACUCAAUGGGUAAGAAAUCGGUAAUUUCAUAUCUGGAGAAAAAGAAAUAUUGCAUCUGAAGUUAAGCGCUCUCUUUCCACACUAUACGUUCCUGACCAAACAAGAAGAAAAGAAAACCAGUAGAAGAUCAUACCUUUCAGCUUUUAGAAAUGGACGGUCACAACUCAGAGGAGCCAAAGGAGAGUUCCGCGGACAUGUCUGCUUUUGUGCAAGAUCUUCUUCAACAGAUGCAAUGCAGGUUCCAAGCAAUGUCUGACUCCAUUGUCACAAAGAUUGAUGAUAUGGGGAGCCGAAUAAAUGAUUUGGAGCAGAGCAUCAAUGACCUAAAAACAGAGAUGGGCAUGGAGGGCUCUCCCUCUCCUGUGGUCUCAUCCAAGCCAAAUGCUGAUGGUAUGAAACCAGAAGAAGGUUCUGCGUAGAUUUAAUCAAAGCUCAAGUUCUCAAUUGCAUGCGAGCUUUCUCUGUGUACCAUUGUGGCUGAGGAAUGAAUAGUCAUUCAUGUGAGGGUAUAGGUGCUUUUGUUAUGCUGCAGCUGAUUUUUAUUUUCAUUUUAGGUCACUGAAUUACCAUAUGUAUUGAGUAAGUGUUACUUCAAACUAUGAUCACGAACAUCGGAAUCAAAUGAUUUGUUGUCACUUAACAUAUUCUAUGCUAGUGGCCCCAAUUAAAUCCAUAUUUUUUUGAAUUUGUGUCUA